AUGGGAACCCUGGUCAUUGACAUCUUCUUGCUACUGCUUUCAGGGACCAUAAUGUCCCAGAAACCAAGAAAAAGGUGUGAUUCCCUGCAAUACACAGACAUUGCUACUUCAGAUUCUGCAACUGGGUACUCUGAAUUCUUAAAUGAAGCCUUCUUCAACAACCAACAAGUCUACAUAUAUGAUAACGACCAUCAGAGGGCAAUACCUCAGACACGAUGGCAAAAUGUGGAGAACUGGGCUGAUGUGACUAAGCUUCAGAAAGAGAGAGAAAAAUUGAUCAUGAAGGACUUUCAGAAAUUAAUAAAAUCCAAUCCAGGUAUCCGAGGUGUCCGCGUUUUUAGUCAAACGAUUGGCUGUGAACUUUGUCCAAAGCGCACUUUCAGGAUAGCUUGGUAUUUUGAUACAAUGGAUUUCCGGAACAUCUCUACGCAUGUAAAAUACCAGGACACACAAGAUUCUGUAGGCAAAAUGAACCAAGACCCAAGUGCUGAAACUCUACCCAACGAAUACCUGGAGAAACACUGUUUUGAAACACUCCAAAAAUACCGGAAUUAUCAGAAUGCUCAUUAG